AGGAAGGGGCGAAGUCCUCCCAGAAGUGGGGAGGGGAGACCAGAGGAAGUGGCUGGGCCUGAACUGGCCCUGUGCCUGACACAAGGGUUUGUGCAUCCCCCUAGUCCUCAGUUUUGCUCUCUGGGGCAGGGACCCUUCUCUUCCAACGCUUCUGUUCUCUGACCCCUGGUUAUCUGUGACCCUGGGGAAAGAAGAGGAAUCAGUGUCUCAGGCCAGGAGUAGAACCCACACACUGGUGAUAGAGUUCUUCUUAGUUUCUGGGACUUAGAUUUAUUUCCUUUGUAGCUGCAUAGGGGUGGCACUGCACUCCUGUUAACUAUAACCCUGCACCUUUGGAUUGUUGGUUGAGGCUCCACCAGCCUUCCUGACUGACUGCUGACAGUUAGAGGAUUCCUCCACAGUUCUCUGGUGUCUGCAUCCUUACUGGCCCCUGUAACCCAGACAAUUUGUUUACAGAAAGUUCAGGAGCCCUGGAAAGGAGAAAGAAUAAAACGACAGGAGGAAGAGAGAGAGAGGGUAGAAUGGAAGAAUCUCACUUCAAUUCUAACCCGUACUUCUGGCCUUCUAUCCCCACAGUCUCAGGACAGAUUGAAAACACGAUGUUCAUCAACAAGAUGAAGGAUCAGCUGUUGCCAGAGAAGGGCUGUGGGCUGGCUCCACCCCACUACCCCACCUUGCUGACAGUGCCUGCCUCAGUGUCCCUGCCCUCAGGCAUCAGUAUGGACACAGAGUCCAAGUCAGACCAGCUGACCCCACAUAGCCAGGCGUCCGUCACCCAGAAUAUCACGGUGGUCCCUGUGGCGUCUACAGGACUAAUGACUGCUGGUCCUGGUUUGGUAAUCACGUCCCCCUCAGGCUCCCUUGUGACCACAGCCUCAUCAGCUCAGACCUUCCCCAUUUCGGCUCCCAUGAUUGUCUCAGCUCUUCCCCCUGGCUCACAAGCCCUGCAGGUGGUCCCUGACCUCUCCAAGAAGGUAUCAUCAACCCUAACCGAGGAAGGAGGCGGAGGUGGUGGUGGAGGCGGCAAUGUGGCUCCUAAGCCCCCCCGGGGCCGAAAGAAGAAGCGGAUGUUGGAAUCAGGGCUGCCUGAGAUGAGUGAUCCUUAUGUCCUCUCCCCUGAGGAUGAUGAUGAACAUCAGAAAGACGGCAAGACCUAUAGGAGCGAAGGGAACUGCGGCACAGGAAAUGGACAGAGCCUUGGGCUCAUGGAUUCAGUUCCCGGCUCCACCACGAACUUGCUGUGUGACCCUGGGUGCCGGAUGUGCUCACUGACAUUCUACUCAAAGUCGGAGAUGCAGAUCCACUCCAAGUCACACACCGAGACCAAGCCCCACAAGUGCCCACAUUGUUCCAAGACCUUCGCCAACAGCUCCUACCUGGCCCAGCACAUCCGUAUCCACUCAGGGGCUAAGCCCUACAGUUGUAACUUCUGUGAGAAAUCCUUCCGCCAGCUCUCGCACCUCCAGCAGCACACCCGGAUCCACUCUAAGAUGCACACGGAGACCAUCAAGCCCCACAAGUGCCCGCACUGCUCCAAGACCUUCGCCAACACCUCCUACCUGGCUCAGCACCUCCGUAUCCACUCGGGGGCCAAGCCCUACAACUGUUCCUACUGCCAGAAGGCCUUCCGCCAGCUCUCCCACCUCCAGCAGCACACACGAAUCCACACCGGUGAUAGACCAUACAAAUGUGCACACCCAGGCUGUGAGAAAGCCUUCACACAGCUCUCUAAUCUGCAGUCCCACAGACGGCAGCACAACAAAGAUAAACCGUUCAAGUGCCACAACUGUCAUCGGGCUUACACAGAUGCAGCCUCACUAGAGGUGCACUUAUCUACGCAUACGGUGAAGCAUGCCAAGGUGUACACCUGCACUAUCUGUAGUCGGGCAUACACGUCGGAAACGUACCUUAUGAAACAUAUGCGCAAACACAACCCUCCUGAUCUCCAGCAACAAGUACAGGCAGCGGCGGCGGCGGCAGCAGUGGCCCAGGCCCAGGCUCAAGCCCAAGCUCAGGCUCAAGCCCAAGCUCAAGCCCAAGCCCAGGCCCAGGCCCAGGCCCAGGCCCAGGCCUCCCAGGCAUCACAGCAGCAGCAGCAGCAGCCACAGCCACCACACUUCCAGUCCCCUGGGGCAGCCCCCCAGGGUGGGGGUGGUGGGGACAGCAACCCCAACCCUCCACCCCAGUGUUCCUUUGACCUGACCCCCUAUAAGACGGCUGAACAUCAUAAGGACAUCUGCCUCACUGUCACCACCAGCACCAUCCAGGUGGAGCACCUGGCCAGCUCGUAGAGACCUGUGCUGCCACCCACUGGAAGAGGGGGAAGAAGUUCUGGUCCCUUCUUUCUCCAGCUCCUCUUGGUGGGAAAAGUCCUAUUCUUCCUUGACAGGCCUUGGCUCCAUCUCCUUGGACCUCAGGCACGGACUUCCUUCACAGGAUGCCAUCUUUAUUUUCAACUCCUCUUCAAAAAGAACAUCAGCCCUUCUGAUUGGCAAAGGAAUACUGAGCUGGUAGUGUAAUCCAGCAGCCUCCCCUCCUAAGCAUAGCUUUUAAAAAUUGGGAGUUGGUGCUCAAGGGAGGGAUUUGCUAUGACCUCAUAGAAACUUUUCCAUUGUGGGCACUUACUCUCUCCUUACCCUCAUAAUCCUUGAAGUUCAGGCUGAUAGAAGACUAGAGGCUGGCCCUCCAAGACACCAGAGAGAAGGGAGCCCUAAAUGCAACCAGCCUCCUGUUCUGAUCUUGCCUGUGAAAGAACAGGUUUCUCACGUGCCCUGACCUCUGGGAGUCUUUUUCUUCCCCUCAUGGUCUCACUUCAGUUCUUUCUUAAUGCUGGAGGAAGAGGAUCUGGAUGGGGGAAUCAGACUCCCUUUAUUUGUAAAGGGGCAUGGGCUGAGAUGUGGUCCCCAAGGGGCCAGCAAUCCCCAAAAUGGUUGAGGGUGGCUUAGAAGUGUGGGUUAUGGUUUUCCUUGGAGCCUCUCCCCUUCUCUGCUAACCAAAAUCCUAUACUCUCAGUCUCCCCAUCCCAAAAUGUAAGGAGGUGUGAGAGCUUUGUGUGCUUUAUAAAAUCCCACAACAACGGGGUGUUGCAGAGAAGGGAGGGUUCAGGGCAAACACAAGGACUGGACUUAGCUCCCUAGGUGCCACGGUCAGUUGCCGGAUACGGAUUUAUAUAUAAAUAUAUAUAUAUAUAUAUAAAUAUAUAUAUACCCACUCAUCACGGCCAUCUUUG